AAAUACAACACGGAGGUGUCGUCCACGGCCUGGGACGUGACGUACACGGCGUUCAAGAUAGGCGACUUAAGCGGUAACGACGAGUGUCGGAUUCCGACAUGGUGCGGUGAGUUCGGUCUGUGUAAGAGGAACCAAUGCAAUGCAUGUCCCACCGACAGGGGUCUUCUGGGUUGGGACGAGAGUUGUAUGGCUCCGACAUUAAGGACGUGUGACCCAAAGAUGAUCCAUUACUUCAAACUGGAAGGCGUUGACCAUUUCAUGACCAAAUUCAACGGCGGUUCCUCCACGUCGGAAAGUGCUUGCGGCGACAAGUGUAUGAAGGAUUGCAAGUGUUUAGGGUUUUUCUAUAACCGGAAAAGGUCGAGGUGUUGGUUGGGUUACGAGCUAAAGACGUUGACUAAGACCGGUGAUUCUUCUCAAGUUGCUUAUAUUAAGGCGCUUAGCACGAAAGGCAAGGCUGAUGUUUGAGAUUGUGUGGGGCGUGGGGUCAUAGUGAUUGGGCUUGGGCUUUGUGGUUUAUCUUGUGUUGGGCCUAGCGUUUAGGCCCAUUUUACUUUUUUUUAAGACCAUUUAAUAAACUUCCAUGGGUCAUGGCCAUUGUUUUCUUUU